AUGGCUGAAUGGAGUUGGGUGGCCUACACAGUCCUAGAAGUGUUGAUUGCUGUGGCCUGUUGCCUUGGCAAUGCGUUGGUGGUGUGUGCAGUGUGUAUCGGUAUACGGGAUUCCCUGCGGGAGCCAACCUUCUGCUUCCUCAUUUCUCUAGCGGUGGCUGACUUCUUAGUGGGUGUGGCUGCUGUACCCCUGGCUGUACUACUGGAUGGCUGGGUGAGUGUAACCCCUGACCUGUGCCUUCUUCUCAGCUGUGUCGUGCUCGUGCUGACUCAGGCCUCUGUGCUGUCACUGCUAGCUAUCGCCGUGGACCGAUACUUCCGGUUACACACACCCAUCAGAUACAAAGCCCUGGCCACACAGAGGCAUUCAUGGAUGGCUGUAUCUCUGUGUUGGACCCUUUCCUGUCUAUUGGGGUUCACUCCUCUGUUUGGUUGGCACAACUAUUCUUCUUCUCCAUCUGAGUCCACCAGUACAUCUUCUCCUUCCUUUGACUCUCCACCCUGUACCUUCCUCUCCGUUAUCUCCCUUCCCUUCAUGGUGUACUUCAACUUCCUGGGAUGUGUCCUGGCGCCCCUGCUGGUCAUGAGCUUCCUCUACACUCGAAUCUUCUGGAGCCUCCAGGGCCGUCUGAAAGAAAGCUGUCCUCAAGCCCAGCCCUCUCUACUCAGUGAAAAGAAGCUGGCCUGCUCCCUGGCUCUGAUUCUGAUUUUAUUUGCCGGCUGCUGGAUUCCCCUGCACUUGAUGAACUGUCUGCUGCUGUUUCACGGUCCCGAGGCUGUCACACAGGGGACCCUCUAUACAGGUAUUCUCCUGUCUCACACCAACUCAGCAGUCAACCCUGUGGUCUAUGCCUAUCGCAUCCCAAAGAUCAAGCAGGCCUACAGUCAAAUAUGGAGGCGCUUCAUCACGAACAUAAACAGCGACCAUGGGGACAAGCAAGUUCACCGAGUUAGAACAGGCAGCCGAGCCAAUCACUCAGAGAUGCGUGGAUCAGGAGGGAAGACUACACCCUAAGGAAGCACCAAAGGCUCAGUUUUAGUCCAG